AUUGCAGUCUUAGUGGGCACAAGGGGCGGAGGCUGUUGUCCUGCAGCAGCACCAGCGCCUGCAAUUGCUAAACUGGGGCUGGCCUUCUAUAGGCUUCUCUCCCGGGAUGGAGGGAGAUCAAUAGAUGGUCCUGGGUGCAAAUCACCCCCUUCCUGCGGCCUGUCCUCGUCUGCAGAAGCGGAAGAUGGCUUCGCCCUGGAAUAAGGUUCCACCUGCUCUGCUCUCGUUUCUCUUGCUGUUCCUUUGGCUCCCAAACCCAAGCGCUUCCCAACAAGAGCCCUGCCAAACCUGCAGGGACCUUGCCAGCAACUUCCUUAAGGGUCUGGAGCGGACACAGCGAGAGAACUUCGGGGGCGGGAACACAGCCUGGGAAGAAGAGAAACUUGCAAAAUAUGCAAACAGCGAAACACGCCUGUUGGAGGUCCUAGAAGGUGUAUGUGCCACGUCAGACUUUGCCUGCAAUCAGCUUCUGGAGCAGAGUGAGGACCACGUGGAACAGUGGUGGUUCCAUGAGCAGCAGCAGCACCCAGACUUCUUCCAAUGGCUCUGCAUGGAUGCCCAGAAACUCUGCUGCUCGCCAGGCACUUAUGGCCCCGAUUGCCACACUUGCCCCGGGGGUGCCCAGAAGCCUUGCAGUGGGUAUGGGCAAUGUGACGGGGAUGGCACCCGUGGGGGCACCGGCCUGUGCAUGUGCCAGACAGGCUAUGGUGGCCCUUUCUGCUCAGAGUGCGGAGACGGCUACUACGAAGCUGCUCGCAACGACAGCCACCUGGUAUGUGCGGAAUGCUACAGAGCGUGUGGACGAUGUUCGGGACCUGAAGACUCAAGUUGUCUGCGCUGUAAGCGGGGCUGGAUGCUACACGACCGGAGAUGCAUUGACAUAGAUGAAUGCGGCACAGAAAUGGCACAUUGUCGGGCCAACCAGUUUUGUGUCAACACUGAAGGAUCCUACGAGUGUCGAGAUUGCGCCAAGGCUUGCAUUGGCUGCAUGGGCGCUGGGCCUUCUCGCUGCAAGAAAUGUAACAAGGGUUAUCAGCGUGACGGUGUCAAAUGCCUUGAUGUUGAUGAAUGUGCCGGGGAAGUGGAGGAACCCGUGUGCACUGGUGCCAACGAGGCUUGUGAAAACACUGAUGGCGGCUAUCGGUGCAUUUGUGCAGAGGGAUAUGUGCGUAAAGAUGGGAUCUGUGAGGAAGAUAAGCCUCCAGAUGCUCCGGAGAAAGGCUUCUUUGAUGACAUCACAGACGACGAGGUGGUUGUGUUGCAGCAGAUGUUCUUUGGUGCCAUAAUCUGUGCGUUGGCCACACUGGCUGCCAAAGGCGACAUGGUCUUCACGGCCAUCUUCAUUGGCGCCGUGGCUGCUAUGGCUGGCUACUGGCUGUCAGAGCGCAGUGACCGUGUGCUGGACGGCUUCAUAAAGGGCAGAUAGUGUGUGGCGAAGUGGAUGUCUUCCGUUCUGCUUCCUGCCUCAGAGGGCCAGAUGGGGGGCAAGAACUCUGUGACCCCCCUCCAGUCCCCAUCCUUUACCCUGGCAAGGCUCUGAAAUGCAGGAGGAAGAGCGGGAAGGGCCGUCUUGUAUCCCAAUCUGGGCUGUGGGAGGCCUUGGCCUCGCAUGCUCUGAAGAAAGGAGGAGACGUGGGAGAAGCAAAGCAUGCUUGCCUGUUCUGCUGUUGGCCAAGGAGAGAGUUUCUGGCACAAAUUAGGAUAAAUUAAGAGAUUGCAUUAUUAUAAUUUAUAUAGGCACUACCACUGUACAUGGCACUUGUCAAGUAUAGUCAACCUUCCACAUUUACUGGGAUCGGGGCACAGGACCCCCACGAAGGUGAGAAAAUGCAAAUUUAAAUUAUUGGGGUUUUUUUCACCUGAAAGAACACCUUUCAAGAAAUCUCUAGUGAUCCUCCAGCACAUCUCUAUGGUCAAAUUCCACUGGAUUAUAUUGGACGAUCUGGUGCAGUUGUGUCCAAACUUCUGCUCCCUUCAAGCAUUUGGGAUUCCAACUCCCAGAAGCUCUGGCCAGCUUGUGCAAUGCUCAGGAAUCCUGGGGGCUGAAAUCCAAAACAUCUGGCGGGACCAAAGGUUGGACACCACUCACCUAGACACCACUCAUCUAGUUUUUCUUUCUGUAUGUCCUCUGGUGUAACUCUACAGUCGACUUCCAUCUGAUUGCACUGGAGGACCUAGAUCUUCCUUGGUCUUUUUUCUAUGAUUCUCUCAGCCUACCAGUGUGAUUUAUUGAUAACAGUCUGGCAGACAUUGACCCUAGAGUUGCACUUGAGGACCUAGAGAUUCCCAGAGAGAAUACUGUAAUCAAAUCUGCAAAUAUCUAACUCACAUAUGAGGAGGAAUAACUGUAAAAGAUCAAUCAAAAACUGUAGUUCCCUGCUCUGAGGUUUACAGUGAUAUGAAACAAAAAGGAAUGGCAAUGUGGGUUGGAGUUAAAUCCAGUCGGUACUGCCUCUUUUUCUCCCUCUCUGAGGCCAAGGCAGCCACAGUUGGGAUGGAGGGAGGGCCUUCCACCUGCGCCUGGACCUGAAGGAGCUGUUGUCCAAUGAGUAAUUGUUAAAAUUUGGUCAAUAAAAGCCUGCUUCCUGGA